CAACUAAGUUUGUUUACAUUCAGGAAAAACCAUCAUGUUACUCAGGAUCAGGUGCCGAACUUAUUCAUAAAAGACAACACAAGAUGGGCACACGCCACUCAAUAAUGGAUUUAAGUGAAGUGCCAGACACUGUGCUGCUUCAUGUUCUGUCAUUUGUGAAUGAAAAGGAUCUCUUAUUGAGGUGUUCCUUGGUUUGUAAAACCUGGAAACAAUUGAUAGAUAGUCAAACUCUUUGGAAAACAAAAUGUGAGAGAGCCGGAUACUACUCCUCCAAAUGGCUACCUUUCCCACCAGAUGAUUUUAAGAAAUAUUUUUUUCAAAACCCAUAUAAAAGAAAUUUGAUCCAGAAUCCACGUGCAUUAGACAAAUUUAAUCAUUGGAAAAUCGUCAAAAAUGGAGGGGAUCGAUUUGUUGUUGAAAACAAACCAUCAGGGAGUCAUCCAUUGGAGAAGUUCACAGACAUAAAAGGACCCUACAAGUGCUGGGUGACGUCAUACGGAAUGUGUGAGAAGCAUCAGACUAUUGACCUACUUAAGGAAGGGUGCUCUCCUGAGGUCCUCGAUAAAAUAAAACCCGAGAUCCAGGUCUCGGAGUGGUAUGCAGCAAGGUUUGACUGCAAAAUGGAGUACCACAUAAAAGUAAAGCUAUUAGAUGCUGAAUCCAAGGAGCUGGAUAAGUGGUCGUUCUCUGAUGAAAAACCGGCAGGCAGGGACUGGUUUCAGGUUGAGCAUAUUUUUACAACAUAUCCAGAAGGACUGAGGUAUAUAAAAUUCCAACACAAAGGCAAAGAUCGGCAAUUCUGGGCAGGGCACUAUGGCUCCAAGUUCACUAAUGCUAGUGUUAGAUUCAACCUUCAGCAAAGGUCUGUCAAUGCAGUCUCAACUCCACAGGUGUCCAGGUCCCGCUACUCUUCCUCCUCCUCAGAGCCAGAAUAUGAUCAGUGGUACGAGGAAGAUAGUGAAGAGGAUGAAGGAGCUGCCUUGUAAUAAUCACCUUAAUGUGGCUCCUGCAACUAUAAAGGAGCUAUCCUGUAAUAAUCACCUUAAUGUGGCUCCUGCAAUCUUAAAAGGAACUAUCUUGUAAUAAUCACCUUAAUGUGGCUCCUGCAACCUUGAGGAGCUGCCUUGUAAUAAUCACCUUAAUGUGGCUCCUGCAACCUUGAGGAGCUAUCUUGUAAUAAUCACCUUAAUGUGGCUCAUGCAACCUUAAGGAGCUAUCUUGUAAUAAUCACAUUAAUGUGGCUCCUGCAACCUUGAGGAGCUAUCUUGUAAUAAUCACCUUAAUGUGGCUCCUGCAACCUUGAGGAGCUAUCUUGUAAUAAUCACCUUAAUGUGGCUCCUGCAACCUUGAGGAGCUAUCUUGUAAUAAUCACCUUAAUGUGGCUCCUGCAAUCUUAAAGGAACUAUCUUGUAAUAAUCACAUUAAUGUGGCUCCUGCAAUCUUAAAGGAACUAUCUUGUAAUAAUCACAUUAAUGUGGCUCCUGCAACUAUAAAGGAGCUAUCUUGUAAUAAUCACAUUAAUGUGGCUCCUGCAAUCUUAAAGAGCUAUCUUGUAAUAAUCACCAUGAUGUGGCUCCUGCAACCUUAAAGGAGCUGUCUUGUAAUAAUCACAUUAAUGUGGCUCCUGCAACCUUAAAGAGUUAUCUUGUAGUAAUCACCUUAAUGUGGCUCAUGCAACCUUAAGGCAUUAUCUUGUUAUAUUAUACUUUCAUGUAAAUUAGUUGAAUCUGAUUGGUCGAGAAACAUUUGUUAAAAAAACACUACUAUCCACUGAAUAAUGAAGCCACGCCCUCCAGCGUAGCAACAGUCAACAUUUCUUAACGACGGGUGGUAUUCCAAAAAAUAGCGACUGCGCAGAAUUUAUGCGCACA